GGGGAUCUUUGUUAUUGUAAAAAUCAUUCCACUCUGAGAAGAACUUCUUUGCUUACUGUACUGUACUGUACUACUGUACUGAGUCCCAAGCAGUGCCAAGCAUUUCGUUAUUGUUAAAUUUUAUUGUACUCAUGUCUCCAAAAGGAAAUUUUUUCUAGAUAUGCUCAGUGCUUUUUAGAAUUUCGUUUUAGUAGAAUUUUUUAUAUUCAUUUAUAACGGACGAAUUGGCAAUUUUACAGUAACAAGAAAAGUUCUCUGUCAACAGAGCAACCGGAAGUUUUGCAAUAACAAAAAAGUUUUCCAAGCCCUCUCAAAAGAAGAAAAGACUUCUGCAUCAAUGAAGCCAUCAUAAAACUGAGAUACAAUAUUCGAUUGAUUCAUUCGCUUUUUUCUCUUCGAAAAAAUUAGUUCGAAAUUUUCUGUAAAGUAUGUGUAAAUUUCUUAUAGUGAGAGCUUGUGCGAAAUAAUAUACGUAAAUAAAUUUAAUGCUGAGAAAUUGACACACAAUAAUUAUAAAUCGUUAUAGAGCUAAGUGAAAUUUUAAUAUUUUAAUGUUAAAUUAAUAAGCGGUUAAAACAAAAGGCAGCCUUUACGUUUAGAUGCUAAUUAGAGAAAAAUUGUACACGAAAAGAAAAGACGAAAUAUUUUAGUAUAGUAUUUUUUUAAAUAAAUUGAAAACGUAGUUUUUAGACACAUUGCCAUAAGAACUACUCGCGUUGAUCGUUUAAUGCUAAAACUCGUUCAGUAUGACAGUUUUAAAAAGCUCCUCCGCCUUCCUGCUUUGCUUUCUAUUCGUGUUAACACAAGCGGCUUUGCUCCCACCUAACGCUCACCAAGCUCUUAUAAAACAUGAAUUGCCAGCGGAGUUAGGGCUUUAUAACAACAGCGACAAAGUUAAAAUAUUGACCGAUAACAAUUUCAACCAUGAAGUCUUACACCGUAAUUGCUCCAUAUUGGUGGAAUUUUAUAACAGCUAUUGUGGCCAUUGUAAAAGAUUUGCCCCCUUAUACAAAGACCUGGCAGUGAUCCUCUUUGGAUGGCGUGAUAUUCUUCCAGUUAGCGCCAUUGAUUGUGCGGCUGAGGAAAAUAAUGGCAUAUGUAGACAAUAUGAAAUUAUGGGUUAUCCUACUUUGCGUUAUUUUGGUCCUGGUUUUACACCCAGUCCGGGCAACUAUGGCAAAACCAUAAAUACUUUAGAAUUAAAAGAUGUUGUCAUUUCUUUAGCUCGCUUUAUCGUAGCUGAAAAUCGUACUGCUAAUAUGACCGAUUGGCCUGACUUUCAACCCCUACCAGAAAAUAUUCAGACAACAAAUGAACUUUUCGAAGGUUUAAAUAGUUUGUGUCAAUACGUUAUAUUAAUAUAUGAACCAGAAAACUCUACUUUGGGUGUUGAGGUAAUCUUGCACUUAAAUCGCUGGACAGAUAUAAAAGUGCGUCGUGUGGUAGAUCUGGAUUCGGCUGCUAAAUAUCGAAUUGAUGGAUUGCAAUUUAAAAUCGCCACUGUGAGCCGUUCCGGAAAUGUCGUACCGUACUCAACAUUAGAAAACUCCGCUGAGUCUUACGUCGAUACGAUCAAAGGUUUUCUAAAUAAACAACAUAUUACUGAAAAGCCUUACAUAGAGCCCAAUACAUCUUCAAUGUCUUCUAACUUGGGAAAUAGUGACAAUGAUUUAAAGAAUAUUCUUAACGAAGUAAAACGCAACAAACAUUUGGUUUACCAAGCCGAUUUGGAAAUGGCUAUAUAUUAUAUUUUGUACAAUGAGAUACCAAAAACUUCGAACAUCAAUGGGGAAAAACUUCUAGCUUUACAACGAUUUUUAAGUGUUCUGAACCGCUACAAUCCAUUGGGGUCGAAUGGGCAAAAAAUUAUUUCCAAAAUUUACGCAUUUGUCAUGCAAAACCAACGAGAGAUGUCGAGUCAAGAAUUUGAAAAAAAACUUAAAUACCUGACAGAAAUAAAUCACCCUAUAUUUUCUUCAAAUAGUUACGUGGGUUGCAUUGCUACCAAACCCAACAGUCGAGGUUAUACGUGCUCAUUAUGGCAGUUAUUCCAUUAUAUGACUGUACAAGCAGCCAAUUUGGAUAAAAGUCAAGACCCAUUAGAAAUUCUGCAAGCCAUGCAUGGAUAUAUAAAAUAUUACUUUGGGUGUACGGAAUGCUCAGAACACUUUCAGAAUAUGGCAGCGAAUCACAAAAUUUGGAACACAACCACCAAAGACGAAGCAAUUCUUUGGUUAUGGACUGCACAUAAUGAGGUUAAUCAACGCCUGGCUGGCGACGUGACGGAGGAUCCCAAUUUCCCUAAAGUACAGUUUCCAACCACCUCAUCAUGUCCCCUUUGUCAUCGUGAAAGCUAUACCAAAUCUACCGAAACCUACCCAGAUAAUAAAUGGAAUAAAAUGAAGGUUUUACAAUUUUUGAAAAAUAUAUACAAUCCGGAAUAUAUAAGUCGUUUCGGUGUAACCGAUGAAAGUUUACUUCAGCCGAUACUGGAGAAGCUUCGACGAAAACGUAUGAUUGGUAACGUAUUCUCUGAUGUAGAUAUGCGCAUGGGUAUGCUAUUGUAUGGUUUCUGCAUUGUUAUGUUAAUGGUGGCCUUUAAAUUAUUCGGCCUUAAAGGAGGUUAUCGUAAGAAAUCAUAUGGUCACGAUAUAUUGGGUAAAGUUUAAACACACUGCUACUAAAAAAUCGAAAGCUCUGCAAGUACUCAAUGUCGCAUAGCUCUUCUUUCAAUCAUUAUGGUUGACCAAAGGCAUUCCGUGUCAUUAACUAAAAUAACAAAUAAGUAUAUAAAUAAAAAUAUAAAUAUUUGCUCAAGAAUUUUAAUUUUGAAUGAUUAACAUAUAAAAUCAGAAUAAUCAGAAAUAUGCCUAAUUGAUAUGAACUUUGUUUAUGCCCAUCUAUUAAGAGAGCUGUAAUCAGAAAGUUUAUAUUUGACUGAGUUUUACAGACAAUCUUAAAAGGAAACGCAUCAAUGCAUCAUUCAACAAAUACUCGCAAAUGACCAAAACCUUAAAAAAACUUUGGUUAUAAAAUUUUUAAUACUUUCGUCAACAACUUUGGAUAUCUACCAAAUAUGCGUAUAAAAUUUCGCUUAAGGGUUCUAAAAAUUUAAUCUAUCUUUAUAUUUAUAAACUGUAUAUUUUUUUUGAUAUUUUCAAAAGUAAACAAAGUUUAUAUUUUUGUGUGCACUUGUAUGUACACGUCCGUUUUUAAAUAAUUUUCAAGAUUUUUACUUUUAAUAUUUUAAUUCCCGUUAAGACAAUUAAAAGAAGGCAUAAGGCUUCUUGUAUACAUUAUGUAAGAAAUUGUGUAUUAAAUAAAUGGAAAUUGUGUAUUAAAUAAGUGGAAAAACUAUUAACAAUCACAAAAACAACAGUAUAUUAUCAAUGUGUUUGUUUUGAACUUUCUAUCUAUCAUAACAAUUUCAAAUAUUUAUAGCACUUAAUAAAGCACUAUGUACUGUGUACUUGGUUGCUAUGUUUAGUUCUGUAAAUUACUUUAUUAAUACGAGUCUUUUCAACGAAAUAGGAUUGCUUAAAAUUAUUAAACGUUUGAGUUACAAAAUCGCUCUCACCAUGCUCAAGCAACAGGUGAACAGCAUUAACGCUCACGGUUUGAGGCUAGAUUUUUUAUACGUUGCUUUUCGAGAUUUUCUAUACUUUUCGGAGGAAGUGCAGGUUUUGAAUUUUUGUCAUCGCUUCCGCUUUGUUCAUUCGAAACGCUUAAGAAAUAAUUUGCCAUUUCUUUGAAAUAAUCGCCAUCACACGUACUAUUUUAUACACAUUUUGCAGUGUAAGCUUCUAGUUCGAUCCGGCUAUGUUCGCUCACAAUUUUUUCAUGUAUACUUUAGUCACAUUUGAAAUUCACUACCGAAUCCUGCCACCGCACAAUAAUGAUAAAAAGAAACCUUAUUCUAUUCAAAUAUUUCAUAUAAGUAAAUAUGGAUCCUAUUAGCUGCUUGCCGAAGGAGACAUUUAAGACAAUGCAAAAAAGAUUUCAAUACAAGUUGACCUUUGUAGACAUUUUUGAAGUCUCGUCCAUGCGAACAUACCCCCUGCGUGUGAUAAAUAUAAAAAAUGACUUUUCAAAUUGAUAAAUAGUAGUUUUGGUGAACAAUAAAAGCAUGUGUUAUGAAUGUUUUCUAUGUAUAAACAAUACUUAUUAGUUUUGUUUCGCAUUAAACGUUUGAAGAAAAAAAGUUCUAUUAUAGCAUUUAUGUACUUAGCAUGAAUGGGUAGCCUAGGCUUUUGUUCCCCAAAAGCAUGUUUUUCGCUUUUUUCACUGAGACACAAAAGAGGAUGACGGACAAAAAACUUUGUUUUAAGGGUAUUCAUUAAGUGGGGGAUAUGUCAACUCUGGAAGAACCGAAUUGUAGUUAUUGUUUUGGUAUAAAUUGUUUCGAAAACAAAAGUUGUGUGGACUUCUCUGAUGAGAUAACGAAUUGAUAACGACGAGCUCAUUUAAAGUGAGUAAAGGGAAACUUUCGAGGAAAACUCGAAUAAUUGUGUUUGACGCACAAUUCACAACCUAUAACGUAUCGUAUGUUGUUAGUUCAAAAGUUCAGAAAUGAAGUGUAUUUAUUUUUAAAGGCUUACAUACGCAGGUCUCAUCGAUUUAAAGCUCAGGAUAGUAUUCGUCUGCACUUUCGCCCUUUAUACCCACCUACAAAAUCGUAAACAUAAAGCUUCCGCUUUUAUAUUGAAAAUGGACGGCCUAAAUUUGUACAGGUUUGGCAGAGUUAUUUCUAGUGAAUGUAUGUGGUCGUUAUUUUUAUUCAUUUUCAUUAACGGCUUUCGUUUCAGAUAUUGUAACAUUAACAAACUUGAACUCAAUUUUCUUCUUCAAUUUUUUUCUGAUCUAAUUCUCGAAGCAAAUAUUCCACUUCCAAUGUAAAUGUAAAAAAGUUAUCAUUUAUUUUGUUUACUUUACCAAAAAAACACAUUUUUUUGUUAUAUAAAAAUGUAAAAAAAAUAUUCAUAAUUCGCAAAGUAGCGUCUUAUUCAUACAUUCUAUUCACAAAGCAUAUAAAAUGCAAAAAUUUUACUGUUAUACAUCUCCAUCGAUUAGCAUGUGUGCGUGUAUGCGUUAAGAAAAAAAAUCUGAAAA